AACAAUUAUCAGUGCCGAAAUCAGUUGAUUUCGGGCUAGCAUUUCUCGCCCAGAUCUAAAUCUUCUGAUAUAAGUACCUGAGUUAGUAAUAUCUGUAUCGCUUAAAAAAAAAGAAAAAAAACCAAAUAUCUAGUCGCCCUGUUCAGAUUUUUUUCUUCUCCCGUCACCGUUCUCAUCCGCGCGCGGGGGGUGGGGAAAGAUCUGCCGCUGGUAAAAAUCGCGCCGCUCAACUGUCAAGAAAAAUCCUGCUCGCGCUUAUCUUCCACCCGAACGCGACGAUCUCCCUCCUAUCCUCUGCUCCAUUCCCCUCCUUGGCUCCCUUCCCGUCGCUCUCCCUCUGUAGCCGCUCCCUGGGAGCUUCCCUCAACGGCGCUCCUCCUGCCCCCUCCCAUGGCGAGCUCGCCGGAGAUGUCCCUUCCCCAGCCGCUUCAUCUUCCUGCGGGAGCAGCUCGCCGGACCUCCCUGCUCUCUCUCCCCAUUCCCCCCUGCUCGCCCUGCAUCCAUGGAGCUCGGCUCCUGGCUUCUCCUGCGCACGCGCCGCGGCCUCUUACUGCGCCCGCCCAAGACCGCGCGCGCCCUGCUCUGUGCGUCUCCGGUCCCAGCUUGCCGCGCCCUGGACUUCCAUGGCGCGCCCAGCCGCUCCUUCCCCAAUCGCGCCCUCCCUGCAAGCUCCAGCUUCCUGCGCGCCCAGCAAGAGCUCCCCUGUGUGCCGCAGUCGCCCCAGCUCCCUUUGCUUCCCUUGCUCGGAGCCUCGGACUGCUCUCGGUCGAAUCCCCCUGGAGCUCCUGCGCGUCCCUGGUUCCUGCCUCAAUCCGGACCGCGCCCUGCCCAGAAUUCCUCCAUGGCCGAGCUUCCCUGCUCCCAUGGCUGCUUGCCCAGUCGCUCCUCUCUCCUCCCUCCACUCUCUCCCCUCAGCUCGCCUUCCUGCAGCCACGCCAUGCGCGCGCUCCUGCUGCUCUGCUCUCGCUGCCGAGCUCCUCUGCGCGCAUUGUCCCGGCUCCGCGCGUCCUCGUUUUCUCCCUGACCCUGCUCGGACAGCACCCGGCGGAUCUCCUGGUGCCGUGAGCUUGCUGUGCUCCCUGGUGCUUCAUGCUUGCCAUCGUCCAUGACCGCGACCUCUCCUUGGCUCUCUGCUGUAGCUCGCCUCCAUGUUCGCUAGCGGUCUUGCUCGAGCCUCUGGUCGCGACUCGAGUCACCCCUUCGUGCUGGUCGCCGCUGCCCUUCUCUGGUGCUUGCUUCCCAGCUGCCGUGAGCUCUGUUUCGCCGUCGCGUCCUGGCCGCGUCGAGCUCCCUUCUCCAACUCGCCGGCUGUGCAACUCUCCUCUGGUGCCUUGGUCGUGCGUAUCCGCCGCUGCUUUCUGCGCACGCGUCGCGCGCUCUGGCGUCGGCGUCCUGCCUUUUUCCCUGCGCGCAGUUCGUCCCAACGCCGAGCUCGGUCCUGCUCUCUACUCCUGCUCGCAGUCGCUGCGUUGCCGAGUCCCUGGCCGCGUCUGUGUGGCUGUGUUCUUUUGUGGAACGCUCACUUGACCGUGCUCCUGCGCUUUCUGUUCCGUCCAGCGUGGGUUUUAGUUGUCGGUCAAGCGCGCCCCUAUCUCCGUUCAGUCACAUUUCCUCGAUGCUGGUCCCUACGUGCUGUCUCUAACUUGUGUUUGCGCUGACAGAAGCAAGUCCGUGGUCGAUGUCCCAAGUGCUCGGCGAAAAGGCAGAACAAGAAUCAUCGAUGUUUAUGCGGAGUUUUACUUAAUAUGAAGAGAUUCCAAGAAUUGUGGAUAGAAGAGAAAGUGAAGCUCCGUUCUAUACUCGUCAGCUGUUUGAUCGAAGAUUUUAUUCGGAGACUGUGGACGUUCUCGCAAGCUUUAAGUCGCAUUUAAUGGACGAUACGUUAAUUAAUCGCGCGAUGCGGAAGACAAGCCAAGUCGACCCCAAGCACGGACUACUCCGCAUGGUGGCGCUGAUGGACGAACCCACCUAAUCAAGUGUUAGGACAAGGAUGAUCGUCAAGUGGACGUCGUCUAACAAACACUAACGUAGUGUUUAUUCCAGGCAAGCCCCGGUGCAUGCAACCCCUUCCUUGUGUUUUAAAUGAUUUUUACACACUUUAAGUCUAGUGAAAUGUGCAUUAGGUUUAUAGGAGUUGCUUGGAAACCCUUUGAUGCAUUGGCUACCUUGAAAUCCAUUCCUUUUAUGGAUACUUCUGGUGAAGUAUCAAAAUAUGAUUUACAAAAAAAUACUUAGCCCUGAAAGGGAAAUGUACCCUUAGGACAUUUCUAUAAGAUUUUGGUGAUUAAGUGCUCCACACAAAUGCUUUGAGUAAUAUUUGUGCCAAAGACUUAAGAAGUGCAAAUCAAGAGUAAAGGUAUGUUUCUAAGACUUAGUACAUUGUUUUGGAGACUAAUGUAUUGUGUCUAAGUGCUAGAAACAGGAAAAGACCAAUUUGGAAAAGACUUGGCUGAGCAGCCAAGACUCUGCGCAGUCUGGGUGCACCGGACUGUCCGGUGGUGCACCAGACAGUGUCCGGUGCGCCAGGCUGGCUCUGGCGAACUGGCUGCUCUCGGGUUUCGUUGGCGGCGUACGACUAUAAAUCACCGGACUGUCCAGUGGUGCACCAGACUGUCCGGUGAGCCAACAGUCGGUUGGGCCAACGGUCGGCCGCGUAAUCCGCGCGCGACGCGUGGCAAAGCCAACGGUCAGAAGGGGACACCGGACUGUCCGGUGUGCACCGGACAGUGUCCGGUGCGCCAACGGCUCUGAAUCUCCAACGGUCGGCUGCGCCAAAAUAGGAAAGAAAUCUGCACCGGACUGUCCGGUGCGCCAGGCGACAGAAGGCAAGAAUUGCCUUCCUGGAAUGCUCUCAACGGCUCCUAGCUGCCUUGGGGCUAUAAAAGGGACCCCUAGGCGCAUGGAGGAAGACACCAAGCAUUCUCUAAGCAUUCCUAAGCACCAAGACUCCAAUUCCGCGCAUUCGAUUCUUUGUGAUAGCAACUAGAGCUCCAUUUGAGUAGAGAACUCUUUGGGUUGUGUUGUGAGCUCGAGUUGCGACUUGUGUGCGUGUUUGUGCUCUGAUUUUGUGUCUUGUGUGCGUUGCUCAUCCCAGCCUUACUUAUGUGCUUCUUUGUGAACAUCAAAUUGUAAGGGCGAGAGGCUCCAAGUUGUGGAGAUUCCUCGCAAGCGGGAUAUAGUAAAACAAAGCAAAACACCAUGGUAUU